CAAAGAGGGUGUUGGUUCCUCAGUAUCGCACUGGACACGUUUGGCAUCGGCAGUAUCGAAACGGUCAUCCCGAUCGCUCGGCAAUACCCAUUGUUGUUCCUCGAGAACAUUGUGAUCCUUGAGAAGAGAUUCUCACCGCAUCUCGGAUCUCCUUGCACGUGGAGCUGAGCCGAUUUUUUUUCCACGAGCGGUCGAUAUUUCGACGUCCGCGAUGAUUUCCGUCGAGCGUGCAGCGAUGAUCAUCUUCGGGCUGGCCCUUUUCGUAACUUCAGGUUCCGCCCUACGAUGCUGGGUCUGUUCGUCCAACGUGAACGUCAUGUGUAACGACCCGAUGAACACCACAGAUCAUCAGGCUGCGUUCCACAUAAGGACCUGCGAUCCGGGUCCCUUCGGCUCUUCAAAGCCCAUCUGCCGCAAAAUCGUUAAACGAGAAUACGGCGAGCGAAUAAUCAUACGCCAGUGCUCCACGCCGUAUCAUGAUGAAAUGGAGAUCGUCGACGGUCAAUGCGGUAACUCUAUGUCGCAGCCAGGACGUGACGUAAUCGAGUCCUGCCACAUCUGCAGCAGCGAUUUGUGCAAUUCCGCGACCGGCGCCUCCGCGGUGCGGCUGCUCUACGUCGCCGCGAUGAUCGUCCUCGCCUGCGCCUUCCACCAUUCCAAAUACGCCCUUUAACCCUAUGAUAAAAACCGAGCGAUAGUUGUAAAUGAAAAAAAAAGAAGGUCAAGAAAGAAAGAAAAGGAGAGGCAGGAGGAAGAAGAGCGAAGAUUCGCACGAUAGCUACGAAAUACUUAAUGUUGUCAAUCUACGACUAACAAACUUUCACUGCGAACAAGCGCGUUGUUUCCCCGACUCGACUGACGAUUCGAGAGAGACGCGUAAAAAAAAAAAGUGCGGCCGAAGAGGUCUUGCGUAAUUUUCUCCCGGCAACAAAGGCGAUUAUUGCGAAACAAAAAUUACGAGCCGAUGAAAAUUAUAAGCGCGCGCAGAGUUUAUGAUUAAUAUAUAUUGGAUUCAACCGGAGUUGCUGUAAGUACAAAAUAAAGGAAUAUAACAUAAUCCAUA